AGAUCUUGAGGUCCACAACUCCAUCUUGUACAACACCCAAGUGGUCUUUUGUGGGCUUCACAGUUGAGUGAGAGAGAGAGAUUUAAAGCUUCUCUUCGAGCAUAAAAUUUUCGUGCACAUAGAAAGACACAAACCCCAAGAAAAGAAGGAAGAAGAAGAGAGAAGAAAUCAAAUGGGAGAGGAGGAAAAGAGGCCACCAGAAGCAGGAGAGGGGAAGACGAUGGAGGAGAAGAAACCGGCAGAAGAGGGAGGAGAAGAGGCUGAGAAGAAAACACAGGAAGAAUCUAAAGAUUCCAAGGAAGAUUCCUCGCCUCCGCCGCAAGAGAUCGUCCUCAGGGUUCACAUGCACUGCGAAGGCUGUGCUCGGAAAAUCCGCCGCUGCCUCAAAGGCUUCGAAGGAGUGGAGGAAGUGAAGACGGAUUGUAAAACGGGAAAAGUGGUGGUGAAGGGGGAGAAGGCGGAUCCAUUGAAGGUAGUGGAGAGAGUUCAACGUAAAGCCCACCGCCACGUCGACCUCUUGUCGCCGCUUCCACCGCCGGAGGAGAAGGCGGCGGCGGCGGAGGAAAAGCCCAAGCCAGAGGAGAAGAAAGCAGAGACGCCGGUGGUGGUGACGGUGGUGCUCAAGGUUCACAUGCACUGUGAGGCUUGUGCCAUGGAAAUCAAGAAACGGAUUCAGAGAAUGAAAGGUGUUGAAUCCGCGGAAUCUGAACUAAAGAGUUCACAAGUGACGGUGAAAGGAGCGUUUGAACCGCCGGCGCUAGUCGAGUACGUUUACAAACGCACCGGCAAACAUGCGGUGGUCGUUAAGAUCGACCCACCGCCACCCGCUGCCGAGCCACCCGCCGCCUCGGGCGAUGAUGGGACGCAGAAAGAAGAAGGGAAGGGCGACAAUAACGACGAUUCCAAGGGCGAAAAGGUAAACCCCUCGGACGAGGAGAAGAAAGGAGACGACGGAGAGAACGGGGAAGGCAAGGCGUCUGAAAACGCAAACGCUGGUGGGGACGGCGACGGUGGGACAGAGGAAGAGAGAAUUUUGGAGGUGAAAAAGAUAGAGAAUCCUUACUACUAUUAUUACUAUCCACCGCGUUUGGCGGUCGAAACGCACGCUUAUCCGCCACCGCAGAUUUUUAGCGACGAGAAUCCAAACGCUUGUACCGUAAUGUGAGGAAACGCAGAACCCAAAACGCAAACGCUAAGGGCUAAAUGGUAAUAUUGGCUAAAUUUCGGUUGAUGGGGCCUUCACUAAUGUUUGCUCAUUCUGCAUAAAGUGGUUUCCUUUUAAUGUACUGUGCAGGAACGUAAGUAUAAACUCUCUAGACAAAACUGUCGCGAGGUCUUUUUAAUGUC